CCAGUCGGGGCCCGUCGACAGCUAAUGACGGACAGGCAGCGCCAGCACACACACUCGUCUGAUGAUUCAAUCCAGGAACAAUGAGUCUUCAUCACCGGACCUGGUUCCGAAAGGCCGAGCUGCAACAUCCCACACCAUGACUAAAGAGGAGAACCUGGAGGUGCAGGAGAAGGAGAGGCACGACCGGGAGGAGCAGGAGGAAGGGAGGGUCCAGAGGGAGGAGGAGGAGGUGCUGACCGAGGAGGAGGAGGAGGAAGAGGAAAAGGAGGAGGAAGAAGAGGAGGAAGAGGAGGAGGAAUACGAGCAAGAAGAGGAGAGGGAGGGGGAGGAGAGGGCGGAGGUGGAGGAUGAGGAGGACGACGAGCAGGAGGAAGAGCGGGAGGAGAGAGAGGAGCGGGAGGAGGAGGAGGAGGACGCGCAGGCCGGCCGGGAGUGUGACGCCGAGCCGGGCCGGAGCCGCAGUGUGUCCGAGUACCAGAGUCCGGUUCACGAGCCGCGCCGCAGAGCCAUGGUGCACCCGUCCGCCCAGGCCCCGCUGCCCAAAGACUACACCUUCACGUUCUUCGACCCCAACGACCCGGCCUGUCUGGAGAUCCUCAUGGACCCUCGGACCACGAUCCCCGAGCUGUUCGCCAUCGUGCGUCAGUGGGUCCCUCAGGUGCAGCACAAGAUCGACAUCAUCGGCAACGAGAUCCUGAAGCGUGGCUGCCACGUGAACGACCGCGACGGUUUGACCGACAUGACGCUGCUUCACUACAGUUGUAAGGCCGGAGCGCACGGAGUUGGCGACCCGGCGGCCGCGCUGCGACUCAGCAGCCAGCUGAUCGCUCUGGGCGCUGACGUGAGUCUGAGGAGCCGCUGGACCAACAUGAACGCCCUGCACUAUGCCGCUUACUUCGACGUCCCAGAACUGAUCCGAGUCCUGCUCAAGGCCUCUAAACCCAGAGUGUUGAACUCCACAUGCAGUGAUUUCCACUACGGUACGGCACUCCACAUCGCCGCCUCCAACCUCUGUCUGGGUGCAGUCAAAUGUCUGCUAGAGCACGGAGCCAACCCCACAGUGCGGAACGAUAAGGGCCUGGUCCCAGGAGACGUGGUUCCUGACCCGAUGGACAUGAGUCUGGACAAGGCGGAGGCCGCCAUGGUGGCGAAAGAACUGAAGCAGCUGCUGCUGGAUGCCGUCCCUCUGAGCUGUAACCUUCCCAGAGCCACGCUGCCCAACUAUGACAACAUCCCAGGAAACCUGAUGCUGACCUCACUGGGGCUGAAGCUGGGAGAGCGUGUGAUGCUGGACGACAUGAAGGCCGGCACUCUGAGGUUUUGUGGUACUACGGAGUUCGCCAGCGGUCAGUGGGUCGGCGUGGAGCUCGACGAGCCGGAGGGAAAAAACGACGGUAGCGUGGGCGGCGUCCGCUACUUCAUCUGCCCUCCUAAGCUAGGGAUUUUUGCCCCCGUGUCAAAGAUUUCCAAGGCUGUGGAUCAGACACCUUCAUCGGUCACCUCCACCCCCCGAACCCCCCGCAUAGACCUGGCCUCCCGCCUGGCUGGGAAGACCAAGAAGGAGAAAGAGAAGAAGGAGAAGGAGAGAGAGAAAGCCCAGAGGAAGAAGUUGUCAGUAGCCAGUCUGGAUCCAGAGGGCCUGAAUGUGGAAGUCGGGGAUCAGGUUCUGGUGGCUGGACAGAAAAAUGGCAUCGUCCGCUUCUACGGCAAGACAGACUUCGCUCCAGGUUACUGGUUUGGUAUCGAGCUGGAUCAGCCGACAGGGAAACACGACGGCUCGGUGUUUGGAGUCCGCUACUUCAGCUGCCUGCCCAAAUAUGGAGUGUUUGCUCCGCCCUCACGCGUCCAGAGAAUCGGAGGUCCUAAAGACGGCUCACAGAAUGACAAAUCCAUGGUGAAGAAAGUCCACCAAGUCACCAUGUCACAGCCCAAGCGUAACUUCAACACGAUGCGUUCUCCUAAAGACCUGACCUCCGAGAGCUCCAUAUCCAGGUUGCUUUUCUGCUGUUGGUUUCCGUGGAUGCUGCGUGCUGAGAUGCAGUCCUAACCACGCCCUCCUUCUUCCUACUCUUCUUCCACCACCACCAGAUCAAUCUCUGUGCUCUUCUUCUGUCUCUUCAUCUUUUACUUUCACUUCCCUCUCUCACUCUCUCUCUCGUCAGUCUCUUUAGACUUUCGCCGUCGUCAGUCAAACUUCUCAUAUUAAAAUCUCACCUUCUCCUCCUCCUCCUCCUCCCUCUUCUUCUUCUCUCUCUCUUACUCUCAGCCCAGAUCCCUCUGAUUUAGCCGUUCUAUAGCAAAAUCUAUAGUGCCUUGUAUCUGAUCAAAACGUCCUUUAACUGAAACUGAGAAUCCAGCUCUGCUAAAGCAAUUCCCCCAGAAAAUAUUCUCCUUACCACUUUAUCAUUUCUCAUCUCAUUGUCCCAGCUCGGUGUUAGUCCAUGUUUUGUCUUCAUUUGGGGCUGUUCAGUUUCUCUAAGGAUAACAACAACCACUUCAGUUUGUGCUGCUGCUUGAUUUGGGUCUUGCCAGAUUUUUAAAAACGAACGCCAAAGGUUGGCAGCAGCUAACUUAAAGUCCAGGUGAAACAUCGGAGUGUACCAAGCAGUGUGGUGGUUGUGUUGGACCCAGAUCUGGCAUACUUCAUUUAACGGCUGCUGUUCUCUCUUGUGUCGGGACUGUCUCUCCACCCGGGAGGCUCUUUAAGACACCUCAACUGUGGCAAAACGUGGCUCUAUAUGAGGGAUGCGCAGGCAUGAAAUAUUCUGUUUGACAUUGAUUUGAGCACGUUUCACAGUUGGAGAGGUAGUUUCUCCACUCAGAGAACCUCGGUUACACAUGUAACAUUAAGAUCUCAAUCCUACAAAUCCCAUGUGAAGAACUUUUAUCACCUGCAUGCUUUAAUCUCAGAUGUCAAACUGAAAACAGGGUUAACCAACUGCUGACUUACUUGUAUUUUAUCAUAGUGUUACAGUCAGUUAUAUUUUUUUAUCUUUCAGAUGUAUGAAACGGGCAUAAUUUAACUGUUGGGAUGUGAGAUAAUCUGUGAAAUGUCUCCUGUUGCGUACAGGGGGAACGUUAAUGUGGAUUAUUUAACUGUACAGUUUAAAGGUUAAAGUGUGUAUUUAAGUUGUUGCCCUUUCACAACAAGUCUGAACACGCAGAAAAAAAACUGGAUUUUUCCUUCAUUACUUUGAAAAAGAAAAAAGAUCCAGUUAAUUUAGUCUUCAGUAUAGUUAUAGUGACUGAACGCCUUAGGAUAACUGUCAUUAUUAAUCAGUGCAUUGCCAAAUACAAACAUUAGUGCAUCUAGUUAGAGUUAAAAUACAGUAUAUUAUAGAAAUCUAGCUGCAAUCGUAAUCUGUUGUUAACCAAAAGUGCUAACAGACCCAAAACGACGACGUUCCUUUGAUGCAACUUUAAAAUCAAAAAGUAUUUUCAGCCCCACUACAUGUUUAUAUUAAAGUCUUUGUGUUGCUAAUGUCUGAAAAUAAGCUUAAUUUAAAGUCAAUAUCAGCUUUAAAGCAACACUUAAUCAGUUUAGAGUUGAAUAUUUGUUUACGAUAAUCAGUUGUACAGUCCCUUCAUCAAACAUCCAUAUCCUCCAUCUUGAGGUUUUUGAUUUCCUUACAUAGAAAUUUAAACCCUGGAUAAGCUCUCCACAGAGAGCUCAUGAUAUUUGUAAAAGUGUUCCUCUCUGCUUCUCUCCCCCCUCUUCUCUCAACCCUCUUUCUCCAGUUAAAUAAGAUUUAAGUUCAUUUUGUGAAUGUGAGCAUCUGCGAAAAAGACAAAACACAAGUUAAUCUAAACUUAUGUGUGUGCUUAAUGUUAAAAUCUCUCUCCAAGUAUGUGCAUAACUUAAAACAGCAAUAUGUAAACAGUGUACCUAUCUCUGUGUGGAAAUGGUUCCUGUGUUAAUGUUUCUUUACACUCUGUAAGCACACUAAUACAGAGAGAUGAACACACUCACACUCUGAUGGCCGAGGCUGCUGGGAAACUAAACAAACUACAAACGCUUUCAGGUUGAGAAAAGACCAGACAAACAAAAGCAAUCAGUGCGUGGUGGUACGUUUACACCGUAGUGACUGGUAGGUUCACAAAUUCAAGAGCCAGUGUGAUGCUGUGUUUUGAUUUUUCACUUUUUUUUAAAGAAGAUUGGACAAUCCGAAGUUAGUCUUUCAAAUCUAGAGUCCAAAGUGUCUAAUAGAUCCACCGAUCCACUACAAAGGUGCAGUACCAGCAGUAGUAUAAAGAGCCACAAGUCAAUGUUGAUUUUGUCAGGUGUGAGUAGUUUUACUGCCUAAGCGUAACCAUAACCCGCGUUUGGAAAUCUAUUUCAAUAGUUUUACUGGUCAAAUCUUCAGUUUCUGACUAUGGCUCAUUUAUUCAGACAGGUAUGAGUUUGUUUUACAACUCCAGAAAGACUUGAUUAUACUUGAAUUUUGUAUUUUUUGGACGUAAAACGUACAGAUCUUAGAGAUCCAAGAUGUUACCCGAGCUGUAAAACUUUAUCUACGUCUGUCUGUGAUUUCUAAUCUGAUUAUACCUUUGAUAGAAUUUGGGGUUUUAAGAUUUAAUCAUUCCAGUUAUGAUUGGUUUGGACAAAACUGGUUCUUGAAUUUUGAAAUCCACCAGCCUCUAAAGCCGGUCAAUAACUUGAGACUGACAUUAAAGAACUAGCAAACUGAAGUUUCUUGUUGGUUUGUUGAGGAUUUCUCUCACUUGGUCUUUGAGCUCUGCAGCCUCGGCUAAAGGAAACACUUUGUGGUUGCUCCUGCACACCACUGUUGAUAACUGUUAUUUUUGUGCCCGUGGAAUCAGCUUCAACAUUAUACUAACGAUAACUACAGCGCUUACACUCAUCAGGUGUUCAGUUUAGCUCAACCAGCUGCAGAGUUUAGUCGGACUAAAGCUUUUCAUUCUCGCUUAAACUCUAAGCUUAGCUCUGCAAAAGGUAAAAUGGUGCAAACAGUACUUCACCAAACUCUUAAGCUUUGUUGCAAGUUGUAGGUUGAGUUAUGUGAACAGAACGCUGAUCAGUUUAGCAUUUUGAACAGAAACUCCUGCCCUGGUAGCACUUUGGAUAUGGUGCAUUUGCCCAACAGUUAGCUGGUUUAAUCAGUUUGUUAAGCAUCUAAAUGAAAGAACAGAAAUGUAAAAGGCAUGGUCACUUAGCAAAUCUAGGGUUUCUGGGAAAACUAGAAUUUGGUAAAGUAGCUUUCCUGGCAAGAACAUCUCCUUAAAAAUGUAAGAAAUAACCAGAAUUUCCUGAAAACUACAAUCUGUCCUUCAACAUUGCAACAACAUUUUAAUCAGGUUGCUAGAACCUCACAAUUGGCCAAAAGUUAUUGUUGCAUGAUGUCCCUGCUAAUUCCAGCUUUUGUUCAGGGACGAAUUGAAGUUUCAAACCCGAUUAAAACCAAGAAAUCCAGAUUUUCUACAUCUGUCUAACUGAAAUCAGACUUCAACUCCACUUUAAGCCACUUUUAUGAAAUAUAGCACAGACUCUGGGUUAUUGAAACUGUCCAUAAACUGUUCUGGGGGUCAGUUGCUUGAAAAUGUGAGAACUCUGAUGUCACAAUAUGCAGAUGACUCACUGCUUUACCUCCCUACAAUCAUGCCGUUAGCUACCUUCCCCUGCUAUCCCAUCCAAACCUGAACAAAAGAGCUUGAUGAACUAAAGUAACUCCACAUGUUGUAGUUUACAUCUGUUUAUAAUUUCACUCAAAGGAAAUGUUUUGCUGCUGCAGCAUCGCUGUUCAUUGCUAAAGCUCCACAGAGUCAGGAUCUGCUGACUCUUUCAUAUAGGUGAACAUACAGUAGACGUCAGUGGACCACAGUGAUGGUGAGGUUUGUCUUUAUACAGUAAACGUACAGUACAGUCAAUAUGUCCCAGUGAAGCCUCUUGGUAUGAACAUAGUGUUCUUACUGCUGUGUAAAUGUGGAGCUUUCUCUGGUUUGGCCACUAAGUGUCACUAGUGAGUCACCGGUUAAUCAUCUCACAAUAAACAAGAUGUUACAUAAGCUUUUCUCAUUACAUAUUCUCUAUUUGUUUGGCACCAUUUGAAGGACUAAACUGGUUUUACCUGUUUUAGCUUUUUAACUACAAAUUACUGUACGUAUACUUACUUCCUGCCAACUGAUAUCCUUUAGUUUUUAGAGUAAUUUUGCGUGUUAACAAAACACCUUUUUAGCUUCUUGUGUCAUUUCACAGUAGGUAAUUACUGUAACUGAACUUAAGUACGUACGUAAGCUAAUUAAACUACAAAACUUAACUUACUGUAAGUAUGUAACUUAACUGAACUUAAGUAAGGAACUUUAGUGACGUAACUAAUAUCACUAAACCUAACAAACUAUUUCACAACGUCACCCAACGACCUGUUGUUACCACGGCAAUGGCCACUUGACUUCGGCUUAAAUUACUUUAAAUUAGUUAAAAAACAUACGAGAAACAUCCUUAAAAGUGGCGUGCUAUUUAUAUUUUGGCAUACGAUGGCAGAAGGAAGGAGAUCAAUCAAAAACUGAUGGAUGGUUUUGGAAAACGAUCAGCAGGAAUGUGUUUGUAAUUUGUAGUCGAUUGGCUGAAACACUCACUGGUUUUGUCCUUUAAAUGCUCUAUAAUCGAUCGGUGUACGUGUCUGAGAAUAUAAUGUUGAACUCAUUCUCAUAGAAACUAACUCAGCACUGGUUGUUUUAACAUUAAUAAGUCUUAAGAAUAUACAGUAUAUAGCCUAUAUUUUGAUAACUUCACUAAGUGUACUUUAUGUUCUCCAGUUUUGUAGUGUGUGUGUGUGUUACUUUGUGCUCGGUUACAGUCCAUGUUUGUGAGUAACUCCUGUUUUAAAAGUGUGUGAAGCUGACGGACGUUAAAGGGGAAAAUGAACGAGCGUCGGACGUCCUCAUCCUGACAGAUACUCACUGCAUGCACUCUCUCUCUCUAUAACUUUCUCUCAGUAUUUUCUGAUUUGGGUUUUUUCAAUAUGUGUAUCUUCUUCUCAUCAGCAUGGAAGUGCUUCUAAUAAUAACAGUGACGACUCUAUGAAUAUAAUAAAGAAUUUGGUGUUGUUUUUCUA